AUGGCCGCCGGGAAGAAAGGAGUUGCUCUGUUGUUUCUCUUCUCUUGUCUCGCCCUUGCUGCCUCCUCUUGCACUACUGGCGGGGGUAUAUGCUUUAAGUACUUCGAUAUCAUUAACAAGACCGAGAACAAAACUCAGCCGUGUCUUUUUCUUGACGCGGAGAUCAAUAUCUUAGUGGCCUAUAAUGACUCAACUGGCAAACGACAAAACGUUUCUUUGGGGGUCAACUGCUCUACCGUCCAUGUCAGUCAGAGUGAAAGCUUUUGUAACGAGCCCUACACUAACAACAAGAAGAAUAUGAGGCUAACGCGUAUGAAAGCUUACUGGGGCACCGGAGAUGAGGAGGAGGAAUGGGCUCCAUUUGAUCUCAUGAUUGAAGCUAUUGAUCUCAAAGACAACAAGCAAUGGAACAUUAGUGAGAUAGCAGUCUCGAUAAACGUGAGUGAUAUCUCGGACUAUAAUGCUAGCAGUUUCACUGGCAAUGAGAAUGGAAUUAUCAGUGGUUAUUACACAGGAGAUGAUAAGAACCACGAGCUAUUUGGCACUGUUGAUUACAAUAAGUUCUACUAUUGCAAAAGUCAACUGACUUAUUCUCUAAAGAUGAACACCACGGCUAAUCCCCGUGCUUCGUAUUUUGCUCUCAGCCUCAGUAUCAAGAAGCUGAGGGUACAGGCUUACGGAAACAGUAAAGGCUUUAGUGACAAGUGUUCGGAUUGCUAUCAAGAUAGCACUGGUAAGGCUUUUAUACCGAUUGUGGUGGGGUCUGUCAUUGGUGGGUUGGUACUGGUGGUUCUUGUGUCUUAUAUUGUGGGACGGUUUAGAAACCAUUAUAAGAAGUCGUCAAGCACUGGGUACGAGAAACUCCAAUAA